AUGAACAAACCAAAAAUGGCCACAGAGAAAGGUGUUCCCAGUAACUCCAGGGUAACAAUGCUCCUGGGCCAACUGGAGAGGAUGAAUGGAGAGGCGAUGGGGAGAGAUGUGGAGAUGGCGAGACAGCUCACCACAAAGAUUCUCCAUCUCAUACAGACACAGGAAAAGAGUGGAAAAGAGGUCAUGUCGAAAGGUUCCACUGGAAUGGAAGUCAUCUUGGCUUCAUUGGAGAGCUCCAGAGAUGUCCAGACCUCCCUGAACAUUCUGUGUAUCCUUACUGAGCUGCUGACUGUGGGCAGAGGUCGCAGGGUCGGAGUGUUUGUGUCCAAAGGAGGAACAGGAAUAUUAUUCCAGGUUCUGAUAAUUUCCAGCAAAGAGUUGCCUCCCAGCGAAGAACUCAUGCUGCAACUUCACUCCUUGCUGGCCAAGGUUGGACCAAAGGACAGAAAGUUUGGAGUGAAGGCACGUUUGAGUGGAGCUCUGAACAUCACUACCAACAUUAUCAAACAGAAUCUACAGAAUACCAAACUGCUCCUGCCCUGUCUACAGGUUCUCAGGGUGUACUGCACAAACUCGGUGAAUGCCAUUUCAUUGGGCAAGAAUGGAGCUGUGGAACUAAUGUUCAAGAUUGUUGCACCAUACAGCAAGAAGAACACCAGCCUGUUAAAGGUAGCUCUGGACGCACUGGGAGCUCUGCUCAAAUCCAAAACUAAUGCUCGCCGUGCAGUGGAUGGUGGCCACAUCCCAGUCCUGCUUACUCUGUAUAUGGAUUGGCAUCGCAAUGACACGCGGCAUCGCCAUAUGUUGAUUCGUAAAGGACUACUGGUCUGCCUCAGGAACAUUACCAACAUCAAACUGGGUAGGAAGGCUUUCAUAGAGGCCGACGGGAUGAGGAUUCUCUACAACUCAUCCACUGAAUGCCUCCCGGUGCGGACUCUGGAUCCUCUGAUCAACACUUCAAGUCUCAUCAUGAGGAAGUGUUUUCCUAAGAACCGCUUGCCUUUGCCUACCAUCAAGUCGGCCUUCCACUUCCAGCUGCCUCACGUCCCUGCGGGAGGGCCUGUGGAGCAGCUGUACAGCCAGCCUCCUGGGGUGGAUGAUGUGGCCGAUGAAAGCGACGAUAAUGAGGAGGCAGACACAGAUACUGAGAAUGAUGAAGAUGACAAGGAUUGUUGCGCUCUGAAUGAUGACAUAGAAACGGACCUUGACAAACUGCAUCCCAAGAGGAUCAUUAACCGUCCAUUUGAGGAGUUGAGGUUCUAUGAGAGAUUCUUCUCUGAGUUAUCUGAAGACUUCCAGGGCUAUAACUUUGACUGCUCAAAGAGUACUUCUACUACAUCUUCAUCAACAUCCCUCCAAUCCACUGCAUCAAGUCGGUCCACUCGGCCAAUUGUUGUGCCCACAGCUGCAGCCCCGGCCCCAAAGCACGCCCCCAUACCUAACUCACACGAGGAUUACAGCUCCGUGAAAGGACACGCUCAGUCGUCUCCCUCUGAUCCCACAUCUACUCACGGUGCUCCGCUUGAGCUGGAUGCUAUCCACCUCAGCAAGGACAAAGACAAAAAAGAGGACCCCAACAUUCCUACUCCAGAUGGACAUCUCCACCUGUCUUCCUUCAGCAGGUCCCCGUCUGAAGGUGACGUGAUUGAAAAGGAGCUGACGCAUCCAUUUGAGAGUGUCUCUCUAGAUGAUGAGGGAGUUCUGAACUCAGAAGAGGGAUCGGAGGGAGUCAAGCAUGGAGGCUCUCCACUCAAUACUAUGAGGCACAUACACUCACCGUUACUCCUCGGGGGCAUCCCUACACGUCGCGUAGGAGGAGGAGGAGGAGGCAGUAACUGGGGCUCAGAUUGUGGCUCAGAGGGUGCUGAUGAUGAAGGAGGGGAGGGCGCAGUUCUGGAGGUGCCAGACACAGCUCUCCUCCUCCCCCUGCACGACCCAGACCUCUACGUGGAAAUGGUGAAGGGCACGCGUUCUGUCCCACAGUACGCUGAGGUGGCCUACCCAGACUACUUUGGUCACGUAGCACCAACAUUUAGCGAACCUCUUCUGGAGAGGCUUUAUGGGGUACAGAGGUCCAAGAUAUUCCAGGACAUUGAGAGGUUAAUUCACCCAAACGAUAUUGUUGAUAAAAAAGUUUACGAUCUGGACAUUCCCAGUUGUCCUGUGACUGAAGACAAUGGUGAAUUCCUGAAGUUCAACUCUCAGUUUGAGUCAGGCAACCUCAGGAAGGCAGUUCAAGUUAGGAAGAAUGAAUAUGACCUGGUGCUGAAUGCAGAUAUCAACAGUAAUCAUUACCAUCAGUGGUUUUACUUUGAAGUGAGUGGCAUGCGUGUUGGAACUACGUAUCGCUUCAACAUCAUCAACUGUGAGAAGUCAAACAGCCAGUUCAACUACGGCAUGCAGGUUUUGAUGUACUCUGUGCAGGAGGCCAUAAACGGAAGGCCUCGUUGGGUCAGGACAGGAACCGACAUCUGUUACUAUAAGAAUCAUUUUGCGAGGAGUUCCAUUGCAGCUGGUGGGCAGAAAGGAAAGUCCUAUUAUACGAUGACCUUCAGCACAAGCUUCAGUCACAAGGAUGAUGUCUGCUACUUCGCCUAUCAUUACCCUUAUACAUACUCUACUCUGAAGAUGCACCUCUCCAAACUGGAGGAUCUGCGGACACCUCAGAUCUACCUGAGACAAGACAUACUAUGUGAAACCCUCAUGGGGAACGGCUGCCCUCUUCUCACAAUCACUGCCAUGCCUGAGUCCAACUCCAAUGAUCACAUCUGUCAGUUUCGGAAUCGUCCAUUGAUCUUCUUGUCUGCCAGAGUGCACCCUGGAGAGACCAAUGCCAGCUGGGUAAUGAAGGGCACACUGGAGUUCCUGAUGGGCACCAGCCCCCUCGCAGUCAGCCUGAGAGAAGCCUACAUCUUCAAGAUAGUCCCAAUGCUCAACCCUGAUGGGGUUAUUAAUGGCAACCAUCGUUGUUCUCUGAGUGGAGAGGAUUUGAAUCGCCAGUGGCUGACCCCCAAUCCUGAGCUGCACCCCACCAUCUACCAUACUAAGAGCCUGCUGCAGUAUCUUGCUUACAUACAAAAGGCACCACUGGUUUUCUGUGAUUAUCACGGCCAUUCCAGAAAAAAGAACGUGUUCAUGUAUGGCUGUAGUGUGAAGGAGACUGUAUGGCAGACCAACAUUAGUGCAACUUCAAGUGACUUACAGGAGGACCUCGGAUACCGGACACUUCCUAAGAUCCUGUCCCAGAUCGCCCCAGCCUUCAGCAUGGGUAGUUGUAGUUUUGUUGUGGAGCGCUCCAAAGAGUCAACUGCCCGUGUGGUUGUAUGGAGGGAGAUUGGAGUCAAACGCAGCUACACGAUGGAGAGCACUCUGUGUGGCUGUGACCAAGGCAAAUAUAAGGGUCUUCAGAUUGGCACCAGAGAGCUGGAAGAGAUGGGUGCUCAGUUCUGUAUGUCCCUGCUGAGGCUAAAGAGGUUGACAGGACUCCGCAAUCACCAUCAUUUGCUGGACUUGGAGACUGAUGUCAUUGGGACGCACGUGAAAACAGUCAGCAGCUGCUCGACUACCUAUGUGCUGGAUGAGGAUGAGCCAUCCUUUCUGGAGGCGAUAGACUACAGCGCAGAAAGCAACGAUGAGGACGGGGAGCCUGAAAGCGAGCUGGUUGGAGAAGUGAACGAGAGUCUGGAUCAGCUUUCAGACUCGGAGACUAAUCACAGGGACUAG